CUUGAUGACGAACGCUUCUAUGCUCAUAAUAAAAAGAAACCUUGGAUUCUUCUGCGGAUUUUGUUUACACUAAAAAGGAAAUAUUUAAUUCAAAGAAUUAAAAUCCCUUUUUGUUAAAAAAUCUCCGUCUUUGCGACUCUUGGUCUUCUUCCGAGUCCGAAUGGCACAUUCCUUAACCUCACUCGCUGUUUUCCAGAGCGUCAUCCGUAAAGAGAUCACGAUAAGGAGUUUGCAUGUCUACGGAUCGGUGGAGGUCGAGAGAGAGUUCUUGUUCGAGAGGGAUAGCCGUUAUGUGGAGAAGAAAGCGGAGCCUCUGUUUCGUUCGCAACCGGAGAUCUCGAAAGGUUCGGUCUUUGGCACGUGGCGAUGUAUCUUCGUGUUCCGGUCUAAUCAGUCGCUUCCUCGGUUCCCUGCUCUUCUCUGCCCUUCAAGAAACCCUAAGCUAGAGGACAUCCCUAAUUUAGCCAAUGAGCUUAAGUUUAUCUCCGAGUUAAAACCGAAGAGACCAUCAAAGAUUUCUGACCAGGAACAAUGCAGCAGAGACCGAUACUCUAGCUUCGACCAUCGUAAACUGCCGAAGCUAGUCUUCAAAGAAGAAAGAGUUGAAGAAGAUUGUGAAGUUUAUCAGCCUAAACCGCGAAAGAUCGUCCUCAAACAAGAUCUUAACUGCCUUCCUGAUUCAGAAACUGAAUCCGACGAAACUGAAGAUGACCGUUCGGAAUCGGAUGCUAAGACAGAGAUGUUGAAGAAGAAGAGGACACCAUCGGAACAUGUUGCCGGACUUUCCUUGGAAGAUCUUUCCAAAUACUUUGGUGUUCCUAUCGUGGAAGCUUCUCGGAAUCUCAAUGUCGGUCUCACGGUCUUGAAAAAGAAAUGCAGACAGUUUGGGAUUCCUCGGUGGCCUCAUAGGAAGAUCAAAUCUCUCGACAGUCUCAUCCACGAUCUUCAGGAAGAAGCAGAAAAGCAGCAGGAAAAGAACAAAGCAGCAGCACUGGCGGUAGCUACGAGACAGAAGAAGCUGGAAAUAGAGAAGAUAAAUAUAGUGAAGAGACCUUUCAUGGAGAUACAGGUAGAAACCAAAAAAUUCAGACAAGACAACUUCAAAAAAAGACACAGAGCUUCCAGGGCCAAGAAGAAUCAAGAAUCUCUCGUCACUUCCUCCUCCACUUAAAAAAGAUUUUAGGUCUUUUUAACAAAAAAUCAUCGAACAUAUUAGUUAGUUAACUUAGGAUUUCUAUGACGUGUUUUGGUAUUUAGAAAUGCUAGUUACAAGUCUAACAGAUCUUAAGUCAUGUUUGUUUGAAACUUUCUUUUUUUGGCGCAAGGAGUUCCAAGAAGAAAGGAACUCUUGUAACAUGACUUUUUGUGAUCGGAAAUCGGAAUUAAUAUAUGCAUGCCACCAAA